AUGGUAGUUCUUGAAUCCGGGGUAGCAGUUGCUGCCGCUGGUAUGACACCAGGUGCUGCUGCCAAGGUUUAUGAGUACAACAGAGACAACUUCAAGAACGACCGCGAGCAGCGUAUGAAGAAGGAGUUCCAUGAGCGGAAGUACCGUGUGAUCCAGGGCCAACUCUGGCGAGAGGAUGUCCGGGACUUCAUUUCUCUCACGGAGCAGAAGAUGUCCUUGUACCUCAUCAUCAAUGUUUUGCUGCUGAGCUUCACCGUCACAAUGUGGGUUGAGGGCCAACUUCCAGAAACCACUCCGGAUUGGUUGGUCAUCGGCUACCAGAUCGCUUCUGUUGUUGCCUUCUCUUAUCUCGUGCUGACCAUUUGGUUGGCGAUGCAUGCGGCAGUGUCAGCACAGAGUUACCAAGCGAGAAUACUAACUCAACUGGUCAGACUGCCACUUCCAACUUGGAAAGAACUGGAGGCCGCCCGAACAGCGGCUUCGGAAUUCGAGAAAGUUGAAUCAAGGCAGCAGUUUCGUGUGCCCUUUGUAACUGGUGCUCAAGAGAACUUCGUUCCAGGACACACAGCCGAAGCCUCAAGCAGUACUGCCACAGUGGAAGUCACUGGCAACACGGGUGGCAGCGACCGUCAGGUGGACUCCAGUGUGUCCACAGACCCAUGGGGUCUUGAGCAAAGAGGAGACGCCAAUUACGAACUCAACAACUACAGUGGGGCGGAGGUCGCUGAACUGCGACACAUCAAGCUGCUUCGGCAGGCUGCUGUUUACUGGCAGACCUAUGAUGCCUUUGCACGCGUUUCCAUGAGUGUUGGCAUCAAUCAGUUGAUGCUUGGCAUGAGCUACUAUAUCUUAGGGUAUGCGAUGCUGGAGGUUAAGGCUCCCUGCGCGGCCUUGGGAGGCGUCCUGGCCUUCAUGGGCUCAUCAGAGGUGCAGAAGUCCUUCCAGUCCCUCCCGUGA